AUGGGUGUGAAAUAUCUUAUAUCGUUUAUUCGUCGUUUUUCUCCAAGUUCUAUUAAGAAAGUUAGCGAGAAAGAAUUAAGAUAUAAAACGUUGGCAAUUGAUGGCACAUUGCUUCUUCGUCGUGGAUUUGCUUCUCCUUGGAUUUCUACAGUGGAUAAAUGCCCUCAUGUUGUUUGGGCGCUUUAUCUUGCAAGGAUUUGUAGAUUUUAUAAAGUGACUCCAAUUAUUGUAUUUGAUGGACGAUAUUCUGCUCCUGCAAAAACAAAUGAAAAGAUUAGAAGGAUGCAUAUUAAAGAAAAUAAUAGAAGGCUUCUUGUAGAAAAAACAAGACAAGCUGCUCGUUUGAAAAAAUUAUUAAAAAUUGCGUAUCAAAUUUCAGAAUUAAAUAUAAAUGAUAAAAAUUUUAUUAAUUUAUUUUUAAAGAAAGCAAUUCAAGCAUAUAAUGGCUUUAAAUAUGAUUUACACGAUUCUAAUUUUUAUCAAGACAAUUUAAAAAUGGAGUUGCAAACAUGGAUAAGAGAUGAGCUUUUUGUGUGUAAAAAUGAAAAUUUUAUAUUAGAGAAGCUCAUAAAUCAAAUAAUUGACUAUAUUUAUGAUAUUUUUUCAGAUUUUACACCUGAAUUAAUGUCUGAAUUUUCUAUAUUAGAUAAUUUAUUAGACCCAUAUGCUAAAGACAUGCUUAAGCAUGACUUGGAAAAACGUCAAAUAUCUAUAAAUAAGUUUAUUCAGAAAUUAUCUCGUCGCUUAUCUUCUCCAACAUGGGAACAAAUUAAUCAAACAAAAACUAUUUUUGAAAUUCUUGGAAUAACAGUUUUAACCUCUCCCCCUGGUUAUGAAGCAGAAGCCGUUGCAAGUUCUUUAGUUAAUAGCGGAAUAGCUGAUUUUGUUGUAACAGAGGAUACUGAUGUUUUAGUGUUAAAUGCAAAAAUGCUUCGAGGUUUUAUGUCAAUGAGAGGGUUGGCUAAUAAAAAUAGCGAAAAUUCUUUUUUCCCUCCAAAUAUGUUUAUGAUUGAUCCUAUUGAUGUCCGAUUGAAUUUGGAUAAUAUUUCUUUAGAUUCGUUCAUUGAUUUCGCGAUAUUAUGCGGAACAGAUUUUUGCAAUACAAUACAUGGAUUAGGAUGUUAUGGAGCUUUUUUUCUUAUUCAAAAAUAUCAAAAUAUAGAAUUAGUUUUGGAAAAUCUUUCUGAAUUUAAGACAAAGUCCGGAAGACAAAAAUACAUUGCUCCAGAAAAUUAUAUUCAAGAAGUUCAAGUUGCUAGAAAGGUAUUUAAAUGUAUCCCACAUACUCGUUUUUAUGAUUCUAAAUUGACUGUUCCUGAUGUUCCUUGGUUUAAUAUCACAGAAAACGAUUGGAAAAUGCUUGAAAAUAAUGUUAUUAAGGAAUAUAAAUUGGAUCAAUUUGAGCCAUGA